UUACAGGCUAUUCGUGUGGGGAGUACAGGUGGAGUGAAAGUGUCAGUGUUUUCCUCUGCGUCUGACAGAUAUCACCCGCACGAUAAUGAUGCUGAGGAUCUGCAUCGCGGUAUUUUAUCUCUGCACUGUAUGCAAUGGAACUCCAGUUGACAAAGCAUCUUACUUGUGGCAGGCUCACAAUGGCGGUGGUUAUGAUACUUUGAGCAACCAGGUAAUUAACCUUCCAAGUGGUCCAAAUUUAGGAUACGAGGCGAACAGUAAUUCCCAAGUGAACAUGAUAUUGAACCUUGCUGAUAAUACAGAUAAUGUUGUAAAUUCUGAAGGAAUGACGAACGCAGGCAAUAGCUACAAUGUGCUUAGUUUACUUGGAGGUGGAAAUCAAGAUGGAGAGGUCCAAUCAUUGGAUACAGUGGUAUCGUCUGGUCAAACACAAUUGACAGACAUCAGAACAACUCAAACUGCCCAAAUUGUACUGACAACUAGACUUGAAACUUCAAGUAACAAGGAAUACAGAACUGAAUCCACGAAAGUCCCAGAUAUGUCUCCACAGAACACGACUACAAAACUAACAGAAGCAGGGAAAGCGGAAUUACUUCCAUCAACCACUUUCAAUGUGACAGCUUCAACGACAAGUUUACCUCGUGGUAGAUUUGGAUCAGCCUCACUAUCCAGAGUAAAUGCUACUUCUUUAAAUAACACAACAAAAGCAGACACCCCACAUGCCCUGGUAAGACUGUUACCAAACACGACAACUUCAGGUAAAUUAAUCUCAGACAGUGGCAUAGUGAGUACUCACGUGCCCAGUGAUACAACCAUAUCAAGUGCCAAAGGCUCUGCCACUGCGACACCUAAAAUCACCGCAGGGGAAAGUCCUAUUUUCAAAGCCGCAUCCAAACCAUGGUCGGGUCAAACAAACACUACUGCGGCAAAACAAAAACACACAUCAGCUACGAUUGUCACUACAAAAUCUUCUAGUAUUUGGAGAACGCCUACUCUUUCUCCCAUAAAACAGAACACCAGUACCAAAUAUACAAUAACAACUGCUAUUACGCCCAUUGCAGUACACACAUCGUCAAUCAUAACGACCACACACACCACUACCGCAACCCCUUAUAUAACUACACACCUAGUAAAUUCAUUUACCAACAUAUUGCUAACAUCAUCCCCACCUCCCACAAUGUUUGAUAAACAUAUCAUUAACAACAAUCACCCAAGGACAUUUGAUACAACAUCUACAGCAUCUCCACUGAAUACAACCAUCCAAUCUAGGUCAUUUGUUACUACAUAUUCACCCACAAAUCCAGUAUCCACGGAGGCUUCACUUAAUACUAUUUUAUCUGGAAGUACCUUUUCUAAAACAACACAGUCUAAGACUAUAACUAGCUCUACCACUUCGACCUCAACCACAACAACGUUAUCACCUGCAACUAUCCACUUACCUACAAUUAUAUCAACAAUUACAACAGCUUCAUCACCUACAACGAUACCAAAAACACAAACAACUAAUACAACCCCAUUUACAGCUACAUUCACCCCAUCUACAACUAUUAUACCCCAAUCAACCACACACUUACCUACAAUCAUAUCAACAAUUACAACAGCUUCAUCACCUACAACGAUACCUAAAACCCAAACAUAUAAUACAACCCCAUUCACAGCUAAAUUCACCCCAUCUACAACUAUUAUACCCCAAUCAACCACACACUUACCUACAAUCAUAUCAACAAUUACAACAGCUUCAUCACCUACAACGAUACCUAAAACCCAAACAUCUAAUACAACCCAAUUUACAGCUAAAUUCACCCCAUCUGCAACUAUUAUACCCCAAUCAACCACACACUUACCUACAAUCAUAUCAACAAUUACAACAGCUUCAUCACCUACAACGAUACCUAAAACCCAAACAACUAAUACAACCCCAUUUACAGCUACAUUCACCCCAUCUACAACUAUUAUACCCCAAUCAACCACACACUUACCUACAAUUAUAUCAACAAUUACAACAGCUUCAUCACCUACAACGAUACCAAAAACACAAACAACUAAUACAACCCCAUUUACAGCUACAUUCACCCCAUCUACAACUAUUAUACCCCAAUCAACCACACACUUACCUACAGUCAUAUCAACAAUUACAACAGCUUCAUCACCUACAACGAUACCUAAAACCCAAACAUCUAAUACAACCCCAUUCACAGCUAAAUUCACCCCAUCUACAACUAUUAUACCCCAAUCAACCACACACUUACCUACAGUCAUAUCAACAAUUACAACAGCUUCAUCACCUACAACGAUACCUAAAACCCAAACAUCUAAUACAACCCAAUUUACAGCUACAUUCACCCCAUCUACAACUAUUAUACCCCAAUCAACCACACACUUAACUACAAUCAUAUCAACAAUUACAACAGCUUCAUCACCUAAAACGAUACCUAAAACCCAAACAUCUAAUACAACCCAAUUUACAGCUACAUUCACCCCAUCUACAACUAUUAUACCCCAAUCAACCACACACUUACCUACAAUCAUAUCAACAAUUACAACAGCUUUAUCACCUACAACGAUACCUAAAAGCCAAACUACAACCACCCCGUUUACAACUUCAACAUCCCUGCCAGCCACAGCAAUACCUAAAACUCAUUCUAUCACUUCAGCAACCCCAUUCACAGUCACCCAAUCGAAUACAAUCCGAUCUCCACCAACAACCACUAUAACAUCAUCUACAACUACGAUAAGCCCAUCGACCACAAAAUUACCUACAACCCCAUCGGCCACUAGAGAGACCCCAUCCACAUCAACAAUAACAUCGUCGACCAUAACGUAUUCCACAACACUGUCGACAACUACAUACAAUCCUAUUACAACAGUCCAUUCAACCGUUGCAUUAUCUACAUCUAGAAGUACACCUUCAUUAUCUACAACUCCGUCAACAACUGUGACCGCAAGACCAACACCCCUUGUCCGUACUUCUCCAAAGAUGCCAAUGAAAUCGAAGCCACAAGCCCCUUCUAAUACGCCUACAAAAAUGGACACAACAACCGAUGACUUGAUUUCUACAACAAGUCAUGAAACUAUCGAGGAGAAAUUGCUGAAUAUUUCAGAACGUUGUACAAACGCUUCAGGCACGUCGUUUCCAUAUGAGAACAACUGUCGUGCUUACUGGCAAUGUGAAAAUGAGAAACCAGUUAUGAAGUGCUGCCCGAACAAAGCGACCUUCACGUGGAACCAUGGCUGUAUUCCUAAUCCUUCCUGUAACCCAGAAUGCGACCCUGGGUAUGAUAUAUCUUCCAUGUGUGACGACAGACUGAAAGUCGAUGGCAAUUUCCACUAUUAUUAUCGCAUGGUGCAUAAGUUGGCCAUCAUCCGUCCGUGUCCAGAUGGGACCAUAUUCAGGGAGGAACUAUGUCGUUGCGACUAUCCCCCAACGGGAUUCCAGGAUCACCCAGCAUGCCAUCCUAAAUUUGAAAUGACCUUUGAUGGUGACAGCCCAUUCGAAGACAUAAGUAGUUCUGGCAACGACUUCGAAAUGUUUCAUAUUCAGCCUACAGCAUACGGAACGGGUCAGUUUUAUGACAAAAGCAUGAUGAUCAUCAAACGUUUGAAUGGCACAACGAUGGGGUACAAAUUUGCUGUCCACUUAAAGUUUUUCGCUCGUGAAGGAUCCGACAGAAUGGUACUGUUGUCAGAUUGUCUUCAUGGGAAUGACGUUGAGAGUGCUUCGGUUGACAUCAGGUUGCAUACCAGUGAUGGUACGGUUGUCUUUAGAGUGCACACAUACAGUUCGCCAUUGUGGCAUGUUCAGAUUCCUUACAAAAGAAACGAGUGGAACAUGGUCAGUUUAAUCUACGAGGGCACCAAAGUAAAAGCGUCUGUGAACAAGAGUCAAAAGACAAACCCAGUUUUUUUCGGUAGUCUGAGGAGGAAGCAAGCAGGGCUUGUGAUAGGCAAAUGCAGCGACAGUGAUGGUUUUACUGGAGAAAUAGACAGUGUCUUUCCCUUAGGAUUGACGGCAACACUUCCCCAUAAUGGAUUAUGGCCGUUUAAGUCACCCAUGAUCAUGCAUGGGUUAGGGAGCUGGUCAAAUUAAGAUUGAAGAUCUGAUCGCUGAAGCACAGAAGAAGGUGAAAUGUACAGAGAACACAGUGUAAAGGUUAUGUGCAAAGUCAGUCGGACUGCAACACCUUCUAGAUUGGUAGGAAGUGAAACAGGGCUGUGGAUCACUCCCUGUUUCACUAAAACAGAAGAUCCUCCAGAAGCUUUAACACCUGGAGGAGAAAAUGAAUGGUAAGAACUAUACCGACGCAAAUCAAAGUUAUCAGUCUCUUUGAGAUAUGUCUCCUGGAGAUAGAUUGCUGACAGCGUAAAAUCUUUGAUUAAUAAAUGUAUUUCAUUAAAAUUGGUCCUAAGACCUCUGCAAUUCCACUGAAUCAGUGGAUUCAUAAUGUUCAAGUUACUGGUGGAUGCACAGGAGAUCUACGUCUCCCAUUUCUUGGCGACUUACUUCUGUUGCCCCCUGGAUGGUGAGGAGAGACAUCCAUAUCCUCAAAGGUUUCAAAACGAUUAUAAAUCUGUAUUGGGUCACGAUGACCCUUUGGCACACGAUCUGAAUGUUUUGAGUAAUCAAUUCUUUUGCUGGCAUUUUUGACAACAGGGAAAGGCGUUGGAGUUGUUGCAGUUGUCAUUGAUGGUGUUGCCACAUGCGUUGAUCGUGGUGCAUCAUUUGUUUGGGAAGAAGUACUUGACCGUAAUAAGGAAUACUUUCCUUUUGAGAUCCAAGUAAUAUCUGUCUGGCAAUGGACAGACGUGACAGAUCUAGAAGGUGUGAGAGUCACAGCUGCUGAGUAGGACACAGCUGUGGUCGGUGAAACAGAUUGCAGGAUCAAACGUUUUGCUUCAAGGAAGGUAAUGUUUUUCUCAUGUUUUAGCUUAACAAUCUGAAGCUAAAGUUUGAACUUGGGACAGGACUUUGAAGAGGCUACAUGAUCGCCAGAACAAUUUGCACAGUGGGGGCUUUUAGUUCAUUUGUCAUCUGUAUUGUGGUCAUUUUCGCCAUAUUGAAGCCAUAGUUUGCGAUUGUUGCAUGACUGUGCACCAUGCCCGAACUGCUGACAUUUGUAACAUCGAAGUGGGUUGGGAAUGUAUUGAUCCACUUAACUGUUAAAAUAUCCUGCUUUGAUAUUUUUAGGAGGAGCUGGUUUUGAGAACGUCAUGAGAUAGGUGUUUGAUUUGAAGAUCGGAUUAUUUCUUUUAUACGUGAAACGUUUGACGUUUGUAACUCCUUGAUCAUGUAACUCAUCUGCUAUUUCAGUCUCUGUCAUAUCACAGAGACAACGUUCUCUGUCUCUUGACAAUGCCCUUUCUGAAAUUAAGAGUCUUUUGUCGGGAAAUAAACACAGGAACUGAAACCAAAUGCUUGACAGCUGGCAAUAAAUUAGAUUGUUUUUCCAGUUUUACAGUCAAUCAGUAGAAAUCCCGAACGAAUUUUCUUUACGUCCUGAACAUCGCCUGCAAUGCCAUAAAUUGCCUUAGAAAUGACAAAUGGGUUAAGCUUCAAUUGUGUACCAUCAGCAGCAGUAACCACUAAAACUCGAGACCAGCUGUUCGAAGAAUUCUUCGAAAAAGAGUUUUCCUCAUCAGAGGAAUCAUCUAGUGCACGUUUUGUUUUUGUUUGUUUGUGUCAUGUUGAUUGUGUAUCCGGUACAUCAUCCCAGCUCCCCACCAACCACGGAGUGUCAUAAAGACCAGUGGAUCUCCAACUGGCAGCACCAAGGAUACUGUGAGAUGGUAUACUCAAGCAGAAGAAUUAAUUGAAUAUUAAUUAAUCCACCAGAUUGGCCCAUGAGCCACCGCCUUCUGGGCAUACCACUCUAGGCAAUUCAUAUGAUUAACAAUCAAAAUUCAAAAUUUGAUAAAAUAUAUAAUUUGGCCACGUCUGAAAGUACAAACGUUAAAUCAAAAGUCAAAUCAGUUCAAACACAAUAUGUGCUCAGGCCUUGGCGUUGACCAGCCGAUUGAUAGAACCGGGUCCAUUCUACCACCCGUCUAGGUGAUGUCAGGGUCGAA